CAAAUGCCUCGCUAAGCUAGUAGCAUGAUGACAUCUCACCAACAUGAUGUUAAAAACGAAGAGGAAGUGAGUGACAGUGGACGUGGUUGUAUUUGACAUUAAGCUUUAUUGAAGCAGCGGUGAAAUCCAGAGGUUUUGAGUGAGUGGUGCCAGCGUCUCUUUUGCCACGUACACAUAGUAACGUCCGUGUCGAUGGAGCAGAAGCUGGCAGAGUUCAGAGCCAGACGACAGGCUGAACAUACGGUGAAAAGGGUUGACAGUGCUGGUCCGCAGUGCAUAGCACAGACAGCAGCGGACACAGCUGCUCAGAUUGAUACAACAACCGACAGUCAACGGACUCAAGAGACAGAAAACAUCAGAGCUACGAGUCAGACCUCUCCAAUAAAGGACCGUAGUGACUGGCUGCUGGACAGCGCUGUGGGAAGAUGGCUGGCUUCAAAACAAUUUGUCUUCUCAAACCUCACUUUGCUGAAAGUGCUGCUGUGGCUGGUGCUGCUCGGCCUGUUUGUUGAACUAGAGUUUGGCCUGCCCUUCUUUGUCAUCUCCCUCUUCUACUGGCUCUAUCAGGGACUCCGUAGCCCAGCUGCCCGCGAGCCUGGAGAACUGAGCGCUUAUUCUGUCUUCAAUCCAGACUGUCAGCCUCUGCUGGGCGCUCUCACUGCAGAGCAGCUGGAGGGAGAGAUGGGUUACAGACCUCUGGCUAACAGAUGAAGCACUUGUGAUUUGCACAUUUAUAUUAAAUAAUCACAUUUUUUCUGUCCUUACAAAAAUGUUAUUUUUUUCAGGAAUAUACAGGGACUUACAGUGAUGAUGUUAAUUAAUAUUUCUGUAUUACUAAUUAAAUUAAGAUUGGUCUGCUUCCAGGUUUAUUCAUGUUUCUGUUCCUUAAAGCAGUUUAAUAGUGGCUUCACUUCAGGUCGUGAAAGAGGGCUAUGCCACAUCAAAUAACUAACACUCGGUGCACGAGUUUUAAUUGUUUUAAUUUAUAGUAAUGUGGGAAUGGUAGUGAGUGAACAGGGGAGAAACAGUGGCUCAUCCUAAGUCAUAUGUGCUAAAAGACUAAAGGGCAAGCUGUUUUGAAAUUUAUAUGGAAAUGGCAAAUGUUUCUUACUUCAAAUAAAUGGCUUUUCAAGUUUAAUAAAAGAUUCUGAUGUAUCAAGCUGUGUUGCAUGUUGUCUCUAGGCCUUGAUAUCACAAACUACAAACACACCGAUCGCACAUUAUGUUCUGGCAGUGUUAUUAAAAAAAAUCUGCGAUUUAAAAAAAGUCAUGUUUGAUAAAAUAUAGAAGAAAUGUUCAUUCAAAACUUGCAAUUAACUUAUUGAUAAAAGUAAUGAGUGUUGAACUUAAACGAAAAUCAUAUUAUAUAAAAAUCUAAAGCAAAUAUCUCUGUCCUCCUUUUUUCCCUUGAAUGAAACAACUCGGUGGACACUUGAGCCAUAGUAUUGCCUCCAAGCAAGUGGCUGGUACACUCAUAGACUAUAUAGGGUGCACGACGCAAAACGUAAAC